GACUUCCGGUCCCGCCCUCCCUUUCCCGGAAGUGACGUCAAACCGGAAGCGGAAGAAAAUGGCGGCUCCCAACGAGGAGCAACUCCGGGAGCGGCUCCGGGAGCGGCUCCGGGCCCUGCACGUGGAGGUUUCCACCCCCCCCGAGCUCUGUCCCGGCAGUUUCCGCCUCGUCGUCGUCUCCGAAAUUUUCCGGGGCCUCAAAACCCUCCAGAGGCACCGGCUCGUUAACGAGGCGCUGGGGGAGGAGCUUGGCCGGAUCCACGCCCUGGAGCACCGGACUCUGACGCCGGAGCAGUGGGAGGAGCAAGGGGGCUCAUUAGCAUAAAUUUGCAUAGAUUUGAAUAUUACGGGAUUCCUGGCCUCUCAUUGGUUGUCGUUGGGGCGGGGCAGGGGUGGGUGCGGGUGGCCACGCCCCUUUUGAGAGGCAGGGUCUUCUAAUAACAGGAAGUGUUAAUUUGCAUACAUUUGCAUAAAUUUUCAUGGACAGGC